GAGGAGUCCUGUGGGACCUGGAGAGCCCUCCUAUGUGUGUGACUGUGGGGCCGGGUCCUGUCCGCACUCUGCUGAGCCUGGAAGAUGCCGUGUGGGCCAGUUGUGGGCCCCUUGUCACCGUCCUGGACGCCACCACCUUGCAGACUCAGCAAAGCUUCGAGGCACACCAGGACGAGGCUGUGAGCGUGACGCACAUGGUGAAGGCAGGCAGCGGCGUCUGGAUGGCCUUUUCCGCCGGCUCCUCCAUCCGCCUCUUCCACACUGAGACCCUGGAGCAUCUGCAGGAGAUCAACAUUGCCACCAGGACCACCUUCCUUCUGCCAGGCCAGAAGCACUUGUGUGUCACCAGCCUCCUGAUCUGCCAGGGUCUGCUCUGGGUGGGCACUGACCAGGGUGUCAUCGUCCUGCUGCCUGUGCCUCGGCUGGAAGGUAUCCCCAAGAUCACAGGGAAAGGCAUGGUCUCACUCAAUGGUCACUGUGGACCUGUGGCUUUCCUGGCUGUGGCUACCAGCAUCUUGGCCCCAGACAUCCUGAGGAGCGACCAGGAGGAGGCUGAGGGAUCUCGGGCCGAGGAGGACAAGCCAGACGGGCAGGCUCAUGAGCCGGCGCCCGUGCCUGACAGCCACGUCGGCCGUGAGCUGACCCGCAAGAAGGGCAUCCUCCUGCAGUACCGCCUGCGCUCUACGGCCCACCUGCCGGGCCCGCUGCUGUCCAUGCGGGAACCAGCACCAACCGACGGCUCCGCCCUGGAGCACAGUGAGGAGGACGGCUCCAUCUAUGAGAUGGCCGACGACCCCGACAUCUGGGUGCGCAGCCGGCCCUGUACCCGCGACGCCCACCGCAAGGAGAUUUGCUCUGUUGCCAUUAUCUCUGGCGGGCAGGGCUACCGCAACUUUGGCAAUGCCCUGGGCAGCAGCGGGAGGCCGGCCCCGUGCGGGGAGACGGACAGCACCCUCCUCAUCUGGCAGGUGCCCUUGAUGCUAUAGCCCCCUCCACCCAGGGGACGCAGCUGCAGGCCUGACCGCCUCCAUCCCAGGGUCUGCGCCUUGGAUCGGGGCCCUUCCAGCACACCUGGGUCCUCCAGGGAGCAUUGGGUGGAAUUGCCCUCCAGGGACCUGCACAGGGCAUGCAGAAAGACCUGGGUUCUCCAGUAACUACUUUGGCAGAGUAGAGGAAAACCUCUUCUUUUUUAAAAAAAUUUUUUUUCAGAGUGUUUUGGGGAGAGGUUUCAGGGUUUGGGGAGAGGGAAGACACAUCUGGAGGAAACAGUCUUCUUUCUAAAAGCAAAAAAACACAAAACCUCACAACUGCCUGGCAAGCCCAGUACCACUUGUCUGGGCCUGAGCAGGGCUCUGAGGUGGCCGUGCGCCCCUCCUGGAAGGGCGUGUGCGUGUGAGUGUCUGAGCGUGUGGGCUGGCGUGUGAAUAUAUAUAAAUACGUAUAUAUUGUGUA